CUCUUUCUUUCCCUGAAAACCCUAGAAAUUUCUCAAAACAGGCACUCUCGUUCAAAGCCGGAAAGAAAAAAAAAAAAGCUAGAAAACCCUAAGGUCUCGUUUUUUGGUUGCAUUCGGGAAAAUGGCAACGUUCGAGCAAGCUCCUCCCGGUGUUCCUAAAGCCGGAGAGAAGAUCUUCAAGACCAAGUGCGCUCAGUGCCACACUGUUGAAAAAGGCGCCGGUCACAAACAAGGACCCAAUUUGAAUGGCCUUUUUGGACGGCAAUCUGGCACAACUCCUGGUUAUUCUUACUCUGCUGCUAACAAGAACAUGGCUGUCAUCUGGGGAGAGAAUACGCUGUAUGAUUAUUUGCUUAACCCUAAGAAGUACAUUCCUGGAACGAAGAUGGUUUUUCCUGGAUUGAAGAAACCACAGGAGCGUGCAGAUCUCAUUUCCUAUCUCAAGCAGGCAACCGGCGCUUGAAGAUUCAUUUGAGCAUCAUACUGAACUAGUGAUUUAUAAUGAUUUUGGUUAUUAGUGCCAGUUUGAAAUUCUUUGUCCUCAAAAACUUUUGGUACUUGCCAUUAAAUAAGCCCACGAAGUUCUUCACUGCUACUGUUUUAUCUGGUUGAUUCUGAGGUCAACAGUAAAGCAUUUUUGUUGCAUUAGAUGAGUGUCUGGUCAUUUUUUGAACUCUCCUAUGUACUGGGAUAUCUAGAGCUAAAGAUAAACGGGCGUAUAUGAAGUUUAUACGCUUGAGGCCAUGUUCCCAUA